AUGAGUCUGUCCCGAGACCGAAAGAGAUCGGCAGUCCAGCGAAGAGAAGUUGGGAGCCAGCUCAAAACGAUGCCGCUGCUGGGUGCCUUCAUUCUAACACUCUUUGUUACCUCGGCGGCUGGACAGGAACAACCAUGCCGUCGCUGGGGUCAACAGGCGACUGUGGUAGACAACAAGCUCUACAUUGAUGGUGGCUUCUCCACGAUUGGAGGCGAUAUCAAUAGUAACACAUCAUAUAAAGAAUUUCUGUGGCAAAACCUAACUUCAGAAACUCCAAAUGACCAACCACCCCCGGUUAACCGCGAUAUCGUGAAGAACAAUACUGUCCCCAAUCUGAAUGGCGGCGCCCUCUGGGGUGACAGCAUCAACAAGCGGAUUUACCUCUUUGGUGGCGAGUACAACUAUUCGCCCCCAUCGCCUGUAGUGCUCUGGUCGUAUGACAUUCUCAACAACCGGUGGGAUACACACGGUGCGCCACCGGUGAACAGGGUGAGCUAUGGCUCCAGCGUUGCAAUCGACAAAGUUGGAGAAGCGUACUAUUACGGUGGCUGGCUCAGCAAGCAGACUGUUCCCAACUGGACAGGUCCUCCAGUCGCCACGACCGGGCUUGUCAAAUACGUUAUGGACUCGGACACCUGGUACAAUACUAGCGACUCCGGUCCGGACACUACUCGCCGCGCCGAAGGGAGCUUGCAAUACAUCCCUGCCGGAACCGAGGGGCUGUUAGUUUACUUUGGCGGUGUUCAAGACUUGUACUCGAAUGGCACGGUGACCGGACAGCCUAUGGACCAGAUCUUCGUGUACGACCUGGGGAACGAGAAAUGGUACCAGCAAAAUGCCACAGGUAGUAUCCCCUCCCAGAGACGUCGUUUCUGUGCGGGUACGUCUUGGACAGCUGACCAGUCAUCAUAUAACAUCUACAUGUACGGCGGCGCAACCAUGGACCUUGCCGGUGGCUAUAGUGAUCUCUACGUUCUCAGUCUCCCGACCUUCACUUGGGUGAAAUUGUCCGAUGGCGCGGGAACCGAUUUGCGUCAUUCCGCCUCCUGCAACGUUGUCGCCGGGGGCACACAGAUGUUCGUCGUCGGCGGCGUCUUGCCGAACUCGAGUUUGUGUGACGCACCCAAAUACUCCAACACUCACGUUAUAGACCUGGGAUUUCCAGGCACGGGUAGUUUCUGGAGCAAUUACUACCCAAAAAAGGUCAACUACACUGUCCCGGACGGGCUCCUUGCCGUCGUUGGCGGUACCAGCAGUGGCGGCGCGACACAGACCGCUCCCAAGGGCGACUGGAUGAAUGCCGAGUUGAAAGCAUUGAUGGCCAGGAACGCUAGCAACACCGCUCGGAUGCCGACAAGGACAGCAUCACCCGUCCCGGUAUAUAUAGACGACGACGGCAUCUCGGUAGGUGCCAUCGCGGGCGUCUCCGUCGCCUCCGCAGCAGUGAUCGCUCUGCUCGCAGUGGGUUGCUGCUUCAUGGUUCGACGACGACGUCGCAGGCAGAGAUACUAUACCGCCGGAGGAUUCCGAAACAGCCAGCAACUUUUCAACACAACGAGCAUGUCAAAGGCAUGGUCCGCGCCAACACCACACCUCAGCGUGUCGACGCCGUACUCCCCGGCGUUCGGCCACUCCCCGUUCGGCCCGCCGCCGUCUCACACUCCGCAACCCGAGCAGGUGGCGUCGCCUCCCAUGAGUCCGCCUGUAGAACUCCCUUCCGUAUCGCCAGUUCCUAGCCUACCAAUCACCCCGAUACCGGUAAGCGCAGCAGCAGUAGCUGCGGCGGCUGCCGCGGCGUCGCAGACGAUGCCCACUCCGCCGCCGCCAGUGGCCACCUCGUCAUUGGCGAGGUCGUCGUCGAUAACAUAUACGCCGCACAGCGCAUACUUCCCAGAAACGGGAACCUUCCCGAAUCAAGCCCAGAUCGACGAACAGGGCAACGUCUGGGUGCCGCAGGUUAGCAUGGUGCAAGUGGCGUCGCUGAGCCGCCCGGAAAGCCACACCGGUACGCCGCCGAUGUAUACCCCUCCGAUCGGGGACCGAAAGUCGCCGCUGCCCGCGCACCCGACGCCGCCAAUCGACUACCACCCAACUCCGCCGCCGCAGCAGGCGUACCAGGUGCCGGUGCCGCAGGCGGAGCCGGUAGAGCUACCUGCCUCACCGCAGGAGACUAGUGAGGAGUAUUUGGAGUUGCGGAACUCGCGGGGAUCGCGGCACCAGACGUAUUACAACAAGUAG